AUGAAUUCAAUUCAAUUUCCAACACAUGAAAAAAUUAUUGAAGCAGUUGAUAAAUUACAAAAUGAAGCAAUUGAAAAAUUAAAACAAAUGGUAUCAUUCGAUUCUGUAUUAGGUAAUGAAAGAGAUGUUCAAUUAUAUGUUGAAGAAGUUUUCAAAUCAUUAGAUUUAAAGGUUGAUAGAUUUGAAAUUGAUUUAGAAAAGAUUAAACAUUUACCAGGUUUUUCACCAGUCAAUUGGUCUUAUAAAGGAAAAGAGAAUGUAAUUGGUAUUCAUGAACCAGCACCAACUCAACAUGCAUCAAAACCAGAAUCAGAGAGAAAAUCAUUAAUUUUCAAUGGUCAUGUUGAUGUUGUACCAACAGGAAGAGAUGCACUUUGGACUCAAAAUCCAUUCUCACCAUAUGUUAAGGAUGGUCGUCUCUAUGGUAGAGGUAGUGGUGAUAUGAAAGCAGGUAUCAUUGCAUUUAUCAUUGCCUAUAAGGCAAUUAAAGAAUUGGGUUUUACUCCAGCCGCAAAAGUAUUACUUCAAACUGUAGUCGAAGAGGAAUGCACUGGUAAUGGAACAUUGGCUUGUUUAGAGAGAGGUUACCGUGCUGAUGCUGCCAUCAUUCCUGAACCAUUUCCAGAGAUUAUCACUGCUCAAGUUGGUUUAGUUUGGUGUAAAGUUAAUGUACGUGGUAAACCAGCACACACAUUGGAGAUGAGUAAAGGUAUUAAUGCAAUCGAUGGUGCUAUGUAUCUUGUUGGUGAACUUAGAAAAUUAGAGGCUGAAUGGAACACUGUAAAACAUGAAGCAUUCUCUGACAAGUUUGACCAUCCAUUAAAUUUCAAUCUUGGUAUGAUCAGUGGUGGUGAAUGGACCUCUUCAGUACCAUGUGAAUGUUCAUUUGAUCUUCGUGCAGGUUUUUAUCCAGGUACACCAUUGGAAAAAGUUCGUAAAACAAUCAUUGAUACUAUUGACCGUGCCGCUAAAGAAAAGAAUUUACCAUACACAAUCGAAUGGAAUGGUUUCCAAGCUGAAGGUGUCACUCAUAGUGCCUCUGGUGAUAUGAUGAAACAAUUGGGCGCCACUUAUAAAUCUGCACUUGGUACUGAUGCCAUUUAUUCACCUGUACUUUGUACCACCGAUAGUAGAUUCUUUGAACUUUAUUAUAAUAUUCCUGCAACUUGUCUUGGUCCAGAAUCAAAAGCAAUUCACGGUAUUGAUGAAAGUGUCUCAUUAGAAAGUUUAAGAGAUAUUACAAGAGUUUUAGCUUGUUUUAUUUCUGAUUGGUGUGGUCUUCAACCACUUCAUUAA